AGGAAUCUCUCCAACAUGGACACUUUUUUCCGCCGUCACUUUAAGAGGAAGGACGCCGCUCUGCAGGCGGGUGCCGAGGCGCCACCCGGCCACCAGCGGCGUCCCAGCGUCGCCGUGCCGACCAGCAAAGCCCGCCGCCGGUCCAAUGCCGGGCUGCCGUCCUGCACGCUGGCUCAGCGGCGCCGCUCCAGCGUGCAGCUGCAGGGGGCGCCACAGGGCGCAGGCGGUGGGCGUCUGGCGAAGAGCGCUGGGCGCAGCAGGUGGGCGGGGCACGUACGGCGGCGCUCAAGCACCACAACGCCAAGCCUCAACCCCCGGUUCGCCGUGCGCCGCAGGAAAGUUGGGAAGCUACGCACAAUCGACACGCACCUGCUGGGCCCGUCCAUGCUGCUCGCCAGUUUGAUCCAGAUGGCCGAGGAAGACGAGGAGGAAGACGAGGAGGAAGAUGAGGAGGAAGAGGAAGACCCGACCGGGAUGCAGCAGGUGGAGGUGAGGGGCGGGGCCAACAGCCGCAGGAUGUUUUCCCGCUCCAGCAGCCUCCACUCAGACGCCGAUGCCGACAGCAGCGGUGACUCGGAGCGAUCGGACGCCGGCCGGCUGUCCGAGGCUGAGGACGACGCCGAUGACAUCACAUCCGAUCAGCGGGCCCUCACCCCACCGUGUUCCUCCUCUGGCGCCCUGGAAGUGAUGCGAGGAGCCGUGCAGCCUCCGCCUCAGCAGGCGCCGCGGUCCCUCAUUCGAACGCCACGCUGCCUGCGUAGGAACUCGUCCCAGGUGCUGGUCGGGGAUUCGGCGCCCUACGGACGGGGUCGCGCCUCCGGCCAGCGGAAGAGGCGGAGGAUCUCGACCAUCUCCAAGGCUGGCAGCCCGUGGCCGGGGAGAGGCCCCCCGCUGCCCAACCGCAAGAGCUCCGCCUACUUCCUGCAGCAGCCUGCGCUCUGCGGCGCACUCGGCCCGCUGGGUCCCCUGGGCGCCCGCGGCUACGACUCCCAGCUGGAGAGCUGGAGCAGCUUCCUGCUGAAAGCCAUGGCCAAGUCGGGCCUGCAGCCGGGCGCGGCGCUGGCCAACGCGGCCGCUCUGCCCAACGCGGCCGCGGCCGGACCGAGCGACACGGCGCUGGAGCUCAGCAGCACCGUGGACUGGAGCGACAACGCCGUGUUCGGGGACCACGUGUGGUUUGAGACCAGCGGCUCCGGAGACUUCUGUUACGUUGGAGAGCAGUACUGCAUCGCCAAGUCCCUGCAAAAGUCCGUGGCGAGGAAGAAAUGUGCUGGGUGUAAGAUCUCGGUCCACAUGAUGUGCAUGGAGCAGCUAGAGAAGAUCAACUUCAGGUGCAAGCCGUCUUUCAGAGAACCGGGAUCUCGAGCCGUUAGAGAGUCCAACGUUGUGCGUCACCACUGGGUGCACCGGAGGCGUCAGACGGGGAAGUGUCGGCAGUGUGGGAAGGGAUUUCAACAGAAGUUCUCAUUCCACAGCAAAGAGAUCGUUGCCAUCAGCUGCUCGUGGUGCAAACAGGCGUACCACAACAAGGUGACGUGCUUCAUGCUGCAGCAGAUAGAGGAGUGCUGCUCUCUGGGAGCUCACGCUGCCGUCAUCAUCCCCCCUACCUGGAUCCUCCGGGUCCGCAGAGCACAGACGUCUCUGAAGUCCAGUAAGAAGAAGAAAAGGACGUCGCUGAAAUGCAACAAGUCAAGCAAGAAAGGAUCAGAGGUCCAAGAUGGCCGCUGGAAGCCCUUCCUGGUGAAGCCCCUCCCCUCUCAGCUCAUGAAGCCGCUGCUGGUGUUCGUGAACCCGAAGAGCGGAGGAAACCAGGGAGCCAAGAUCAUCCAGUCCUUCAUGUGGUACCUGAACCCCCGGCAGGUGUUUGACCUGACGAAGGGCGGACCCAGAGAGGGGUUGGAGCUGUACGCCAAAGUGCCCAACCUGAGGAUCCUGGCCUGCGGGGGGGACGGGACAGUGGGCUGGAUCUUGUCUGUAUUGGAUGAGUUGAAGAUAAACCCCGCCCCUCCGGUAGGAAUCCUCCCUCUGGGGACCGGCAACGACCUGGCCCGGACUCUCAACUGGGGAGGGGGUUACACAGACGAGCCGAUAACCAAGAUCCUCUCGCACGUGGAGGACGGAAACAUCAUGCAGCUGGACCGCUGGAACCUGGACGUGGAGGCCAAUCCCGAGGCCCGGCCGGAGGACCGGGACGAACAUCAGACAGACAAGCUUCCUAUCGAUGUCUUCAACAACUACUUCAGUCUGGGCUUCGACGCUCACGUCACGCUGGGCUUCCAUGAAUCCAGAGAGGCCAACCCCGAGAAGUUCAACAGCCGCUUCAGGAAUAAGAUGUUCUAUGCAGGGACGGCCUUCUCAGACUUCCUGAGCCGGAGUUCCAAAGACCUGGCCAAGCACAUCCGAGUGGUGUGUGACGGCACCGACCUGACAGCCAAAGUCCAGGAUCUGAAGUUACAGUGUCUGCUCUUCCUCAACAUCCCCAGGUACUGUGCCGGCACCGUACCCUGGGGUCACCCCGGAGAACAUCAGGACUUUGAACCCCAGCGUCAUGACGACGGCUGUAUCGAGGUCAUCGGGUUCACCAUGACGUCUCUGGCCACGCUGCAGGUGGGCGGCCACGGCGAGCGCCUCCAUCAGUGUAAGGAAGUGAUCCUCACCACGUUCAAGUCCAUCCCCAUGCAGGUGGACGGGGAGCCGUGCCGGCUGGCGCCGUCCGUCAUCCACAUCACGCUCAGGAACCAGGCCAACAUGGUGCAGAAGGCCAAGAGGAGGGUCUCCAUGCCCCACCUCAACGAUCAGCAGCUGGUUCCUGAGCAGCUGCAGAUCCGAGUGAACAGGAUCAGCAUGGCAGCGUACGAGGCUCUGCACUACGACAAGGACCAGCUGAAGGAGGCCUCGACUCCUCUGGGAGUGAUCACCGUCCCUGGAGACAGCGACCUGGAGACCUGCCGCCUGCUGAUCGAGCGUCUCCACGACAACCUGGACCAGGACGGAGACGCGAUGAAGGACGACAGUCUGUCCUCGCACAAGUUGUCCAUGAAGUGGUGUUUCCUCGACUGUACGACCGCAGAUCGCUUCUACAGGAUCGACCGUGCUCAGGAGCACCUGAACUACGUGACCGAGAUCUCUCAGGAGGAGCUGUACAUCCUGGACCCGGAGCUGGUUGCCAGGGAGACGGUGGGCACGUCACCGGGCAUGCCGGACCUGGUGGACUCCGAGGAGCACCAGGACCAGCACCAGAACCAGAACCAGAACCAGAGAGUUUAAU